AUGGUGAUUUUGAGGUUUGGUUUGUUGUUUUGUUUACUCGCCCAGUCAUGUUCUGCAAAGAGACCAAAUAUCUUGUUCAUCGUAGCAGACGAUUUAGAUUAUUGUAAUAUUGUAUAUGGGCAUAUAGUAAUCGGUGGUCGUCAAGCGGUCUGUCUUCCUCUACAGCUGACCAUUCUACCACAACAGUUGAAGAAAGUUGGUUAUGCCACACACGCAGUCGGCAAAUGGCAUCUAGGAUUCUGUAAUGUAAGCUGUACUCCGACCUAUCGUGGUUUUGAUUCCUAUCUUGGAUAUUAUAACGCUGCCGAAGACUAUUAUAAACAUGUAUCAGGAGGUUUCUAUGAUUUACACGAUGGACUGAAACCAGCCAUUCAAUAUAAUGGUACAUAUUCAACAUAUGUAUUCACCAAUAGAAUUAUAGAUAUCGUCAACCAGCAUGAUACCAAUACGCCGUUGUUUAUGUAUCUACCGUUUCAAAAUGUACAUGCCCCUAUAGAGGUUCCUAAAUAUUAUGAAGAUAUGUAUCCACAUGUUGGUAAUCUUGGUCGAAGAAGAUUCUCAGAAACGCCCCGUAUUUGUUAUAUAUAUUUAAAAGGAAUGGUAACGAUAUUAGACGAAGCUCUAGGCAAUAUAACUGACAGAUUGAAAGAAAGAGGAAUGUUUGAAGAUACCUUAAUUUUAUUUACUGCUGAUAAUGGUGCCGAGUUGUUUGCCUAUGGUAGUAACUGGCCAUUAAGGGGAGGUAAACAUACAUUGUGGGAAGGCGGCACUCGAGUUACUGCCUUUAUGAGUGGUAGAGGUCUCACUCAAACAGGUAUUACUUAUACAGGGAUGGUCCAUGCUGUUGAUUAUAUGGCCACGUUAAUAGGAGCUGCUGGCGCAGAACAAGUACAGGGAAUCGAUGGUAUAAACCAAUGGGAUUCUAUUAGAUUGAAUCAACCUUCAAAACGAACAGAGUUUAUUUAUAAUCUAGACGAGUUCAAUAUACCGUCACAAGGUGUCGCUGCUAUCAGAGUAGGCGACAUGAAGUUGUUACUCGGUUAUCCAGGUCAAUAUGAUGGAUGGUAUCGACCAAUGAACGACACUGAUGAUUUUAUAUUUAGUAUAAAUAUCUAUAACUCUGGUGAUUCCUUUAUUAGAUUCUAUAAUGUUACAGUGCAGCACCCCGACAUCGUGACCAAGUUAACCAAUAGAAUCAACGCUUACAGGAAUUCCAGAGUUCAAGCCAACUACCCAAAGUCCGAUCCUAAAGCUGCAGAGUUUGCUCAUAGAAAUGGCGGAACUUGGGCUUCCGGUUGGUGUUAA